CCUUGGUCACGUUGUUGAUGAAGUGGAAGCUGCGUUUUCAAGGGAGUAGUUUACUCGCAUUUUAAAAAUUAAAUAAAUGCAGUAGUGGUGAGUUGUGUGAGGAUUAUUUGCGUUUCAUCUACUCAAAUUUUUAUUGUAUUUGGGUGCACUUAAUACACAGGUAAGGGUCUCAUUGACAUGCGAUAGAAAUUUUGAACAAUAUUAAAGAAUCAAAUUAUACUAAUUGAAGUCUAUAUAAUUCUCUAUCGUUUGCACUAGCAAUUUUUUUUAAUGAGUCAGAAGUAUUUAUUUUUACGACGGCCCUAAAAGUUGGGACACCGUGUAUGUACAUUACAAUUUGUAGUAACUACAGGGUGCACCAGAACUCGCGCCCCAGAGAAACAUGCCAUAUAAGAUACGGUUCCAGGCACUAGCCUAAAACGCAAAAAACAAUGUUUUUUUGUAAAAAGUAGAUGAGUGGGGUGGUUGGCGAUGCGGGCCGAGCGUCCAAGGGUCAGGAUAAACAUAUGGUACAUUGGUUCCGUAGAGGAUUACGCUUACAUGACAACCCAUCUCUACGAGAAGGACUAAAGGGUGCCCGGACAUUUCGUUGCGUAUUCGUUUUGGACCCUUGGUUUGCCGGUUCUUCAAACGUUGGAAUUAAUAAAUGGAGAUUCCUUCUCCAAUGCCUAGAAGACUUGGACCGAAGCCUCCGCAAGCUUAACUCGCGUCUUUUCGUCAUUAGAGGCCAACCGGCUGACGCUUUACCCAAACUCUUCAAAGAAUGGGGCACCACAGCCCUGACCUUUGAAGAAGACCCCGAGCCAUUCGGCGGCGUCCGCGACCACAAUUUGACCACCCUAUGUCAAGAACUAGGUAUUAGCGUCGUGCAAAAAGUCUCACACACGUUAUACCACUUGCAAGACAUAAUUGACCGAAAUGGGGGUAGGGCCCCUCUCACUUACCACCAGUUUCUUGCAAUCAUCGCUUGUAUGGGUCCGCCGCCACAACCCGAACCCCCAGUCACCUUCAACACCCUAAAUGGGGCUCACACUCCCUUAUCCGAGGACCACGACGAGAAAUACGGUGUGCCUACUUUGGAAGAGCUGGGUUUUGAUACAGAAGGGCUGCUGCCUCCAGUCUGGCAAGGGGGCGAGAGCGAGGCUUUGGCCCGGCUUGAGCGACAUUUGGAGCGGAAAGCGUGGGUGGCGUCGUUCGGGAGACCCAAAAUGACCCCACAAUCGCUCCUGCCCUCUCAGACGGGGUUGUCGCCCUAUCUCCGGUUUGGGUGUUUAUCCACGAGAUUGUUUUACUACCAACUCACGGAUCUGUACAAAAAGAUCAAAAAGGCGUUUCCGCCGUUGUCCCUCCAUGGACAGCUGCUCUGGAGGGAGUUUUUUUAUUGCGCAGCAACGAAAAACCCAAAUUUUGAUAAGAUGAUAGGAAAUCCGAUCUGUGUGCAAAUCCCAUGGGAUAAAAAUGCUGAAGCGUUGGCCAAAUGGGCAAACGGUCAGACUGGGUUUCCGUGGAUUGAUGCUAUUAUGACACAAUUGAGGGAAGAAGGGUGGAUACAUCAUUUGGCGAGACACGCAGUUGCUUGUUUUUUGACCAGGGGGGACCUCUGGCUGUCAUGGGAAGAAGGAAUGAAGGUGUUUGAAGAACUGCUUCUCGAUGCUGAUUGGUCGGUUAAUGCCGGAAUGUGGAUGUGGUUGUCUUGCUCCAGCUUUUUUCAGCAGUUUUUUCACUGCUACUGUCCGAUUAAAUUCGGAAGAAAAGCCGACCCAAAUGGCGAUUACAUACGAAAGUACUUGCCCGUGUUGAAAAAUAUGCCGACUCAGUACAUCCACGAACCUUGGACUGCUCCUGAACAGGUCCAGCGUGCAGCCAAAUGUAUAAUCGGGAAGGAUUAUUCCUUGCCAAUGGUCAAUCAUGCGGCUGCAAGUCGAGUAAAUAUCCAAAGAAUGAAACAAGUCUAUCAGCAACUUUCCAAUUAUCGCAAUGUAGAUAAUUCGUCAAAAUUCAAAGACCGAUUUCAGGAGCAACCAAAUGUUGUAACUGUUGGAAACCCCAGUAGAAAAUAAUAUGGUUUUAUAUUAUUCAUUCUGUCAACUGCUAUGUAGCUUUAUUGUUAGAUCAUAUUAAUCUACACUAUUAUUUUGUAAAUUUAAAAUAUCUAAGCUGUGUAUUGCCGUAUGAUCAAAUUACCUUCUGCAUAAACUAAUUUCUUCCAAAUAUGUUUAAAUAAAAACACUAUAAUUGAGCAAAGAAAUUUCUUGAUCAUACGGUACUUGAAGUACUAAUAUUUACUUAAGGCAAAACCAAGUAAUUAAGCAUGAAUCAUCUAUGUAUGUAAGUUCAUCCAUGUACCUAUUAUGUUUAUUAUUUAAUCUGGAUUUUAUUACAAAUAUCAUUUUUUGCACAUUCCUGUAAAAUUUUUGUGUGUCCGGUUAUUCAUAUUAUAAAAUAUGUCGUGCCAUUUCAAUCGCCUAUUCUGUCACUUUUCAUGUUUCUUCUAUACGAAAUAGUACAGUAUUUUAUAUUGGCUCUAAAGUCAGUAGGGGUUCAAUUGUUACAGAUUCUUCUUUUACACACAAA